CGUGAUCUGGUGUGCUGGACCCGACUAUGGGCGAACGCAUUUGAAGCCCGAAUUUACAAAGCAUCUUUAUCCCCCCACCCAACCAAAUAGUGGACGCACCGAUCGAUCGCAGCAUCGCAGCCGGGGCUGCUUGUUGCCAAUCAGCUUACUACCAAAUGUACGCCUAUAUAUAGAGCAGCUCGCAGCGUUAGCCAGCCACAACACCACACCAUCACAAAGCAUUCUACCACUAGACCGCACAGGUAAAGCUCGAGCUUUGCGCUAAGAGAGUUCAUCCGCAGCCAUGAAGGGCACCAAGCUGGCGGCGAUCCUCAUCCUCCAGGCCGUCCUGGUCAUGGGGAUCCUCUCCCACGUGAACGCCGACUUCUUCCCCAAGUGCUGCAACAACUGCAGGUCCUUCUCGGGGGUCGACGUCUGCGACGACGCCCACCCCAAGUGCCCCAAAGGCUGCUCCGCCUGCCGCGUGGUGACCCCGAGCCCUCACAAGACGUUCCGCUGCGCCGACAUGAAGAGCACCGUCGACGGCACCUGCGGUGGCCCAUGCAAAAAGCACUGAUCGCUUCAGGGCUUCAGGCUCGGACGAGGUGUGCCGCCUAGAAUAAAGCUCAGAUGAGAUGAGCAGUCAUCGUGUUGCUAUGCUUGUGUGUGGGCCGCGUUAUACGGCCAACAAUAUGUACGCUGUUUAUCGUCACUGUGUUUUCUCUCUCGACAAAAAGCUGGUGUUGCUUGUUGAAUAAACACCUCUGAUGGUUGUGCGUGUCUACUCAUCAAAAACAUGAAAAUCAGUUCUCUUGCGCAA